CGGUGGGCGCGUGGGGCUGAGCGGCCGUUGCGCUCCUCGCGGCGGGGGCGGUUGGAACCCGGAGCCAGUCGGGAGCCGCGGGCAGCCGGCAGGACGCGACCCGGCCGCUCCGCACCAUGCCAGCCCGCCGCCGGCACACGCGGAGCCGAGGCCCGGCGAAGGAGCCGUCCGCGGCACGAACGCCGCCCGCCCGGGAAGCGGAGGGGCCGUCCGAGGCCUCGGGGGCCGCUUCGCCCUUCGCCGAGGGCCGCGGCACGCAGACGGGCGGUCGCCUUCGGCGCGGGGAGAGCCGGCGCGGAGCCGACGACCGCUCGGCCUUCGGCGUGCCCGGCAAACGCCGCAGGAGGGCGGAGAGCGCCCGGCGAGGAGAGGACGCGCCUUCCGCGCACGGCGAGCUCCUCCUCCGCCGUCCCGCCGACUCCAGCGGCGAUGCCCGCCCGCGCCUCCGCGGCCGAGGAAGAGCCGGGCCGAAGAGGAGAGCCCCGGCCGACGCCGCCCGUCCGCCGCCACGAGCGGCCGCUGCCGCCCUGCCGGCCCCCGCUGCAGCAGCACGCGGCGACACGUGGCGGCUCCUGGCGCCCUGCCCGCUGCCGCCACCCACCGCCCGCAUCGCGCCCGUCCGCACGGUGUUCUCACCGUGCCACCUGCGGCCUCUCACGGCGCCCAACCUCGCGCCGUGCCCACCGCCGCUGCGGGCUCCCUGGGCCGCCCUGCCUGCCCUUGCCACCCCUGGCUGGCAGUGCCCGUGCUGCUGGGGCCGGUGGUGGCUGCAGCCCCUCUGGCCGUGCUGCAGCCCCCGGCUCCCUUCGCAACCCCUCCUCUGGCCGUGCUGCAGCCCCCGGCUCCCUUCGCAACCCCUCCUCUGGCCGUGCUGCAGCCCCCGGCUUCCUUCGCAGCCGCCAGCAGCCCCCAGCAGCCCCGCCUACCAGCACAGAGAUCACGGGCUGGCAGCCCAGAGCGGGCAGUGUGAGGGACGGGAGGAGAGCAGCCCCGGGAGGGAUCAGGGGCCGGUAGAAGUAGCUGAUGAAGAAGAGGAUAUAGAGAUAGUUGUUGUAUAGAUAGUUAGAGGGUAUGAUGAUAGUUGAUAGCGACGUAGAUAGUUAGUGGGUAGCAGGGUAGUUGAUAGUGACGCAGACAGAUAGUGGGUAGCAGGGUAGUUGAUAGCGACGUAGAUAGAUCAUAGUGACGUAGAUAGCUGAUAGCGAUGUAGAUAGUGAGAUAGAUAGCUGAUGGUGGAGAGGUAGUGAACAGAUAGCAGAUAGCUAGGUGGGUUAUUGGUAGAUCAUAGAUCAUAGCCAGAUAGCUGAUAGGGGGAUGGAGGAUAGAAAGAUGGGUGACUGAAAGGUAGUUAAUUUAUAGAGUAUGAUAUAGAAAGUUGCUAAAAAGAAUCUCUGUUUCAGAUGAGCCACUGCAUCCUGGGACACCACUCUCCCCUCCAGUACGAUGAAGACCAACGCCUGAUGCUGCUCCAUCACCAGCAGAAGAACAGCAGCUCUGCAGAGACCCGUCCUGCCAGCAGAGCAUCACGGAGAAGAAGACGCGCCUUCUGCUCACAGGAAGUUAGUGAACUGCAAGGGAGUUGA